CAAAAACCUGCACAACCAAAAUGCUCUUUUUCAGCUUUUUCAAGACCCUAACGAACCAAGUCGUGACAAUAGAGCUCAAGAAUGAUAUCCGUAUCCGCGGGACGCUCAAGUCCGUCGACCAGUACCUGAACAUUAAACUCGACGAUAUCGACGUUCUAGACCUCGAUAAAUAUCCACAUCUCAGCUCCGUCAAGAACAUGUUUAUUCGAGGGAGUGUAGUGCGGUAUGUGGUUUUGCCGCGGUCGGAAGUUGAUGUGGGUUUGUUGGAGGAUGCGACGCGGAGAGAAGCUGCGAACCAGGCAGGGAAGGCUCGGUGAUUUCGACACCUAGGAUUCGAGACAUAUUUAUCUAAUAAUUGCGCUUUUACGAUGUGAUGCGAUGUUGCUAUUUCGUCGACCGAGGAAACCACAACCUGGGAGGGCCAGGUGGUUGAGUACCAUGAGGGCUGAUGUAUGAUGGAAGGCCGUUGGGAAGAGCUUCCAGUUGGAAAUACCGGAGCGGACUCAAAGAAGGCAC